GUUUCAUUCGCUGUUCACAUCACUAGCAGUGACGACGUGCGACGAGCAAGCAACGACGAGGUCUCUUCCGGUGUUCAAGUUGUUAGUGGUGCACGUGUUAAAGUGUAACAAAAUUGAAUUAAAAGCUAAUUAUUAUUGGAUGGAUAAGUCGUAGUGUUUAAAGUAAAUCAACCAUUCAUAUUCUUUAAUUUGCUGAGUGCUACAUAUCAGAAAGUAAGAAAAUAUGGUGGGGUCACGUGUCUAUGUCGGCGGUCUGCCGUUUGGCGUCCGAGACAGGGACCUGGAGAAGUUUUUCAAAGGUUUCGGCAGGAUUAGGGAUAUCCUCAUCAAGAACGGCUAUGGAUUUGUGGAAUUUGAGGAUUAUAGAGAUGCAGAUGAUGCAGUGUAUGAACUUAACGGAAAAGAGUUACUAGGAGAAAGGGUGUCGGUGGAGAGGGCUCGCGGCAUGCCGCGGGGCUCGGACCGCUGGCGCUGCCGGGAUCUGCCGCCGCCGCCGCCGCGACGCCCGCCGCCGAGACGUGAACCUGACUACAGUUACAGAUAUGGGCCGCCAACGCGCACCGAGUAUCGACUAGUCGUCGAAAAUUUGUCUAGCCGCAUUAGCUGGCAGGACUUGAAGGAUUACAUGCGUCAAGCUGGUGAAGUCACUUACGCUGACGCUCAUAAGCAGCAUAGGAAUGAAGGUGUGGUUGAGUUCGCCACCCACUCUGACAUGCGCGCGGCUAUUGAAAAGCUGGAUGGGACAGAAUUGAACGGACGACGAAUCCGUCUGAUUGAAGCUAGACGUGGCUCCCGCCGCCGCACUCGCUCCUCGUCGAGCCGCAGCCGAUCUCGCUCCAGGGACCGCAGACGCAGCCGAUCCAGGUCUCGCUCUCGUCGCUCCUCCCGUAGCCGCUCUCGCUCCAAAUCUAGGCCAAAGAGCAAGAGCCCUGUCGUCAAAUCCCGCAGCAGAUCCCGAUCCAAGUGUGUUAUAACUUGCGCUGAGCAAAAUUUAAAACUGGAUCGCAGUCGUUCGAAGUCGCGGUCUCGCUCGGCGUCCCGUAGAUCUGACCGUCGGUCGGCCUCCCGUAGAUCUGACCGUCGCUCGGCGUCCCCGCGGCCCUCGGCAGAGAGGAACGGCGGGAAGUCGGCCUCCAGGUCUAAGUCCCGAUCACCGAAAGCUGCCUCCAAAGAAGCCGUUCCAAGGGAAAGGUCUCGCUCUCGCAGCAAGGAGGCGUCGCCGAAGCGUGAGGAAGAACGUCGCCCGAGCAAGUCUCAGUCUCGCUCUCGCUCCCGCUCUCGGUCCAGGUCCCGGGAUCGCUCCGCUUCUCGCGAUCACUCCGCCUCCCGGUCGCGCUCAGGAUCGCCGCGACAGAAUGGUGACGCGCAAGACCGCGCAAGUACAGACAGGUCGCCUCGUAGUGGUGACUAGAGCGACCCUAGUUGUAAGCUUCAUAGAUUUAUUUGUCUAUAGUUUUAACAAGUUCGUGACCUCAACUAUAGUAACGAUAUUGUUCUUAGUUCUGAUUCUUAGCAUCCAUAUCAAUAUUCAAAGUAAGCUAGUUUUCACUACUCUUAGUAGCACUUUAUAUAGUUAAGAUACUUUUCCGGUGUUAAUCGGAAAGUUUUCAUGCAAAAGUUUGGGUGCAACAUCCAAUGUUAUAUUUACAUUUUUAUUAAUAGACUACCUACUCAAAAGUUGUAUAGGUAUACAAUUAUUUUGGUGUCAUGAAUCUGAUCUCCAUCAGCAUAAAAGUACAAUGUCUCAUUAUUGUUAACAUUCUUACACUAGCAUUAUGCUAAUGCUUUGUUGAAGUCACGAUGGUUGAAUAUAAGAUUCUUAUAUUGUGCACCGUGUUUGAUAUUUUUUGUCUCACACGAGUGAUAGAUGUCUUUGUCUAUACAUAGGUUAUUUAAGAUCGCUUUAUGGGCUAGUGGGCAAAUUGAUACUUAUUUAUGUAAGUAAAAAGUUCUACUGAAUUCUUGACUGUAAUAAUUUAAUUUUGUUAAUUGUGUUAAAAAUGAUGUAUAAUUUUUAUUUUCUGUAAGUUACUUGAUGCAUUUUUUGUCUAAAAAAAUAGUGGUGUCAGUAUUUGCCCAUACUUAAGUGAAAGUAAUAAACUUUGACAAAAUGUUCUAAUUACCUAUUUUUUUGGUAAAAGAUGUAACGACAUAAGAUUUAAUUCUACAUCUUUAAGACAAUUCUACUUGGUAGGCUAAUUUUGUAAAUAGUAUAUUUGUUACUAAUAACCAAAUAAUAAAUAAGGCUAUACCAAG